AUGGGAAGAAAUACUGUAGUUUUUUGGGGUCUCGUUUUCUCUGUCUUGGUGCUUUUGGGGCUGUUUGAUUAUGUUGCUGUUGAAGCUACUAGAGAGGGGAUGCUUUUGUACCAUGAGAGACACAAUGGUCUUGACGAUUUGCAGGAAAAUAGGUACAGGGUAGAUGCUACCUAUGGAGGGUCUGCACCAGGUGGCAGUGGGGGAGGAUCAGGUGCGGGUGGUGCUUCGGGUUAUGGUUCUGGUGGUGUGGGAGGGGGUGGAGGGGGAGGAAUUGGCAGUGGAGGUGGAGGAGGGGCUGGCUGUGGGGGUUAUGGUAGUAGAGGUGGCGUUGGUGGGGGUGGGGACUCUGGGAUUGGCCAAGGUGGUGGCUAUGGUAGUGGAGGUGGCGUUGGUGGGGGCGGGGGAGGUGGGGGCUCGGGGAUUGGCCAAGGUGGUGGUUAUGGUGGUGGUAAUGGUGGAGGGUUUCGUGUUGGCGGUGGUAAUGGAGGCGGGUUUGGCGGUGGCUACGGGCCAGGUGUUGGAGGGGGUACAGGAGGAGGAAGUGGGAUGGGCUCUGGAUCAGGCCCAGGAUAUGGCAGUGGCAACGGCGCUGGCGCUGGCGCUGGUGGUGGUGGUGGUGGUGGUUUCGGCGGCGGAAGUGGAUCAGGGAGUGGUCCUGGGGACGGUAAAGGAGGCCCUUACCUUCCUCCUGGCAAAAGCCACUGA